GGAAAAAAAAAGCACUACUCAAGCGUGGAGAGAUGGCCCGUGUACUCAUCUUCCUUCUCGCGGUUCAUCAGCUCAUCUUCCUGCCCAAUCCUGUUGCAAUCUUAGCUGCAGAAUCGACCAACAAAUCCGAGAUCGAAGCCCUCCUCUCCUUCCAACAAGGCCUCACCGAUGAUCCCCUUGGCGUCCUGAGCUCAUGGACCCACGACACACCCUACUGUAGGUGGAAAGGGGUCGUUUGUGGUAAGGCUCUUCCGCUCCGCGUUGUUUCACUGCAGUUGAACUCUUUACAGCUGCGUGGGGUAUUAUCGUCUUCUCUUGCUAACCUCAGUUCAAUAACACGGUUAGAUCUCGGAAAUAAUUCGUUUACUGGAGGCAUCCCUGAGGAGUUGGGCACACUUCCUCAGCUCCAGGAUCUGAUACUUGCAUACAACAGUCUUACUGGUUUAAUCCCCAACUCCUUGGCAACUAGCUCGUCACUCACUGUGCUAAACCUGACAAGUAAUAGCCUGUCUGGAACUAUCCCUACUAGUCUGUUCAAUGGCUCAUCUCAACUUGCUGUUAUUGAUCUUGGAAGGAAUUCACUCUCUGGAUCUAUUCCAGAUUUUUAUAAGAUGGAAACUCUGCAGAUUCUUAACCUUGCAAAGAACAAUCUUUCAGGAAGCAUACCUCCAUCACUAGGAAAUGUUUCUUCCCUCAGAGAAAUAGAUCUUUACACAAAUUCCUUAGGUGGAUCAAUUCCAGAAACUCUAAGUAGAAUUUGGAACCUUAGUGUGCUAAAUUUAGGUAACAACCUAUUUGGGUAUGUCCCAGCCGGAAUUUAUAACAUCUCAUCACUGAGAACCCUUGACUUAAGCAACAAUAGUAUUACUGGACCGAUACCAUCCAGAAUUGGCAACUCGUUACCAAUCCUUGAAAAAUUGAUCACCUCGGGUAAUAUAAUUAACGGAUCCAUUCCGGCAUCACUCGCUAAUGCAUCAAAGCUCCAAGUGAUCGAUCUUUCCUAUAACUCAUUAGCUGGCCCAGUGCCACUUCUAGGAUCUUCACAUGACUUGCUUCUACUAGAUCUACAAAAUAACAUCCUAGAAUCUGAUAACUGGCAAUUCAUUGCCUCUCUUGCAAAUUGUCCCAAUCUAAAAAUGCUGUUAAUGAAUGAGAAUAGGCUUGACGGAAGUCUGCCAAUAUCUGUUGGCAAUCUUUCAUCAAGUCUGCAGAGAUUAGACCUUGGAAAUAACCGAAUCAGUGGCCCACUACCAGAAGAGAUAGGCAAUCUUCCACAGCUCCAAUUGCUUGCCAUGGACCAAAACUGGAUAGUUGGAGAAAUUCCUUCAAGCAUUGGGAAGCUAAGCACCCUGGUAGUUCUAAGACUAUCCCACAACAUAUUAUCAGGUCAGAUCACACCAUUAGUAGGUGAUCUUCAGCAGUUAACCGAGCUUUCUCUUGAUAGAAACAAUUUAACCGGAAAAAUACCAGCAAGUUUAGGACAGUGCCAGCGAUUGACAUUGCUAAACUUGACUUAUAACAACCUUGACGGGCAGAUACCUACUGAACUGCUAAAUAUUACAACCCUUUUUAGUUUGGACUUGUCAAAAAACUGUCUUACUGGAUCAAUACCAAACAUUGGUUUUAUCAAUCUUGUCAUUCUAAAUAUUUCCCACAAUCUCUUGUCUGGGAAGAUUCCACCUUCACUUGGCCAAUGUCGCGUUCUAUCCUCCCUCCUCAUGCAAAGCAACCAGCUGGAUGGCAUGAUUCCUCAUUCUUUCAUUGACCUGAAGGCCAUCCAGAAGAUUGAUCUUUCUCAGAACAACUUAACAGGACAAAUUCCAGAUUUCUUCAACAACUUCAGUACACUGGAGCAACUUGAUCUAUCUGACAACAACUUUGAGGGGCCUGUUCCGACCAGUGGCUACUUUCUUAAUAUCAGUGUAGUUAAUCUGUAUGGCAACACUAAACUAUGUGCAAGUGUCUCCAUCUUUGCAUUGCCAAUUUGCCCCACAACAUCAACAGUGAAAAGCAAGAAUGCUCGCUUAUUGUUAAUAGUAAUUGCACCCAUUAUUAUUGCCCUUUUCUCAAUCUUAAUCUUUAUGGUCACACAUCUGAAGAAAAGAGCACCCAUAACUCCAUGCUACAAGGAGACGAUGAUGAAGAAGGUAUCCUAUGGUGACAUCCUUAAAGCUACCAACUGGCUCUCUCCCGUCAAUAAGAUCAGCUCAAGCCACACCAGCUCCAUCUACAUUGGCCGGUUUGAGUUUGACACAGAUCUCGUGGCCAUCAAAGUAUUCCAUCUCGAUGAGCUUGGUUCACUAAACAGCUUUCUUAUGGAAUGUUCAGUUCUCAGAAACACCCGCCAUCGUAAUCUUAUGAAAGCAGUGACCUUAUGCUCCACAGUGAGCAUGGAGAACGAUGAGUUCAAAGCUAUAGUUUUCGAUUUCAUGGCCAAUGGAAGCUUGGACAUGUGGGUGCACCCAAAGUUACACAAAAACUCGUCCAAGAGAUGUCUGAGCUUGGAUCAGAGGAUAAGAAUAGCUAUGGACGUGGCUUCUGCUUUGGACUACAUGCACAACCAACUGACGCCACCUUUAAUUCACUGCGAUUUGAAACCAGCUAAUGUUCUUUUGGAUUAUGAUAUGACGGCCAGAGUUGGUGAUUUUGGAUCUGCAAAAUUUCUCUCCUCGGAUCUUGCUAGUUCACAAGGUUUUGUUAGCGUGGGAGGAACUAUUGGAUAUAUCGCACCUGAGUAUGGAAUGGGGUGCAAAAUCUCAACUGGGUGUGAUGUGUACAGUUUCGGUGUGUUGCUACUAGAAAUGCUCACAGGAAUGAGACCAACUGAUGCAAUGUUCACCGAUGGCAUGAGCCUUCACAGGUUGGUAAGCUCAGCAUAUCCAAAUGGACUUGGUGAGGUCUUAGACCCGUAUAUGUGCCAGGAGGGACACCAUACAUGUGCAACAAUAUCAGCACAGAAAUAUGUGAUGCCAUUGGUUGAAGUUGCUCUCUCAUGUUCCAUGGAGUUACCUAAAGGUCGACCAGGAAUGAGAGAUGUUUGUGCCAAACUAUUUGCGAUCAAUGAGGCAUUCCACAAGCCAUAGUGAUUUUCAUGUAUUCCGUUGAACAAAA